UGGUUCACUUCUUUCCUGGCUGUGGAACUUUCCCGGUGUUUCCCUUUGACACUGCAGGAGGAAAGUGCGCUGUGUCGCGAGGCGAGCCGCGAAGUUGCCUGUGCGUGGCAGUGUGCGUGGGAGUGUGUGCGUGGGUAACUCGAGCGGCCCCCCCACGUCCGUGUCGAUCUGCGCUGCGGCGCCCCCUCCUCCGGAGGCCCGCUCCACCUGCUGCGGUUACACGGUGGUUGUGGGUACCGCGGGGCCCGGCAGUUCGCAGGCCGGCGCUGGGGAGGCCCUGGAGGAAGAUCCGCUCGCUGCCGCCUCCCGCCGGGGCUGACUCACCGAGCCCGGCAGACAGCGGCUGGCUCCGGGAGUGCAUGUCUGCGUGCGUGUGACUCCGCCGCUGUUCGACUCCCACCAAACCACGGGAUCAGCCACAAACUUAACCAACAUCCCCAAACCCGAGUUCUCAGAUGUGGAGAGCUGUUUCCCUGUGUGUCAUCAACGUGGACUUUUUUCUUUUUUAAGAUCAGCUUUUCUUUGAAAAGCUGAAUUUUUGGAACUGAGCAUUCUGCCAGAACUUAUUGAGAGACCAUGACAAGUAUUUCCACCCGGCCCUUCUCCAACUACUGAAGCUGAUUUUCAAGGCUACUUAAAAAAAAAAAGCAGCGGACAUUAAUGGAUUUCUGUUGUGUUUAAAUUCUCUACAGAUUGUCUUGUAAAUAUUUUAUGAAGUAGAGCAUAUGUAUAUAUAUUUAUAUGUGUGUGUGUAUAUAUGCACAUACAUUAGUAGCGCGACCUUCGGAAGUCGCGGCUCGUGCGUUGGAGGACCGAGGCCAGUUUUGCCUGAUAAAAGCGGCGAUGUUUAUGGAAGACGACCCUGUAUUUUCUGUUGUGUUGGGACGUUAGACAAAACUCACCUGGGAAAACUGACAGGCGGUUAACUACUGGAACUUCCACACUGUGCGGUUGCCGGUCCUUUCUCUCUCCGCAGACAUGUUGUAGGGGAGUGUAUGGGGAUUUUGCACCCCGAAACUUUUGUGACAGCCAAAGACUGAGCUGAAAUUCUCAAAGCAAGACUCGGACGAAGACCGUCCAGUCCCCCUUGGCAUUUGGCUUUGGAUUCUGGUCGCCCACUUUUAAAGCGCUCAGCGGCCGGAUGCUGGGAGCCCUGCCCGCCCGGGUCUGAGGCCCGGCGGCAAACCCAGAACUUGCCCCUCCUGGACAGUUAGUCACUUAAGUCAGCCCCCGCCCCCCGCCCCUGCGGCAGUCCAGGCCCCUGAACUUGUAUGUUGGUCUCCGGGGAGCUGCUGGCUGAAGAUCCGCGCCCCCGCCGCCCUCUGCUAGGAGCUGUUUGCAGGGUCCUAACUCAAUCGGCUUGUUGUGAUGCGUAUCCCCGUAGAUGCCAGCACGAGCCGCCGCUUCACGCCGCCGUCCACCGCGCUGAGCCCGGGCAAGAUGAGCGAGGCGCUGCCACUGGGCGCCCCGGACGCCGGCGCCGCCCUGGCCGGCAAGCUGAGGAGCGGCGACCGCAGCAUGGUGGAGGUGCUGGCCGACCACCCGGGCGAGCUGGUGCGCACCGACAGCCCCAACUUCCUCUGCUCCGUGCUGCCCACGCACUGGCGCUGCAACAAGACCCUGCCCAUCGCUUUCAAGGUGGUGGCUCUCGGGGACGUUCCGGACGGGACGCUGGUCACCGUGAUGGCCGGCAAUGACGAGAACUACUCAGCCGAACUGAGAAACGCCACCGCGGCCAUGAAGAACCAAGUCGCGAGAUUCAAUGACCUCAGGUUUGUCGGCCGGAGUGGAAGAGACACCAGGCAGAUCCAGCCCUCCCCGCCCUGGUCCUACGACCAGUCCUACCAGUACCUGGGCUCGAUCGCCUCUCCCUCCGUGCACCCAGCGACGCCCAUCUCGCCGGGCCGGGCCAGCGGCAUGACGACCCUCUCCGCGGAGAUUUCCAGCCGGCUCUCAACGGCCCCCGAGCUGACGGCCUUCGGCGACCCGCGCCAGUUCCCGGCGCUGCCCUCCAUCUCGGACCCGCGCAUGCACUACCCGGGCGCCUUCACCUACUCCCCGACGCCCGUCACCUCGGGCAUCGGCAUCGGCAUGUCGGCCAUGGGCUCGGCCACGCGCUACCAACACGUACCUGCCGGCCGCCCUACCCGGGCUCCCUCGCAAGGGGAGGGGGGGCCCCUUUCCAGGCGGGCUCGCCUUCCUACCACCUGGUACUACGGCGCGGCCCGCGGGCUCCCUACCAGGUUCUCCAUGGGGGGGGAGCGCUCGCCGGCCGCGAAUCCUGGCCGGCCCUGGAACAACCCGUCCACGGGCGCCGCGCUGCUGCACCCCAGCCUGCCCACGCCCAGCGACGCGGGCGAGGCCGAGGGCAGCCACAGCAACUCGCCCACCAUGCCCGCCGCGCGCCUGGAGGAGGCCGUGUGGCGGCCCUACUGA